UACCCAUAAAAUGCAUGAACUAUUAAUAACCAACGAAGCGUGUAUAUUUCUUUAAGGCAGACAUGAGUUUCACUUUUUGUAUUCUAACAUAUUUAUUAUUAAGUGUUAAUGCGCUAUACAACAAAGAUGUUAUAUGUAUUAUUGAAAAGGGAGUCCCCAUAUGCGAAACAACUAAAUCGAAAAACGAAAAUCCCAACCUGCCAUCACACGAACCACUUCUACCAAACAUCAAAAAUGGAAAAUUUUACAACUGCUCCUCGGGCAUAUGUGAACCUGUCAAUUUCCACUCUCUCACCCAAGCAUCAAACCCCUUAAAGUUUUGCUAUCAAGAAAGCAAUGAAUACAAAUGUCAAAAACUCAAAUACAACAACUACAAGAACGUAGACAAAGUUUUAUUCCUAUCAAAUAAUAUAGCAGGUAAAAAAUUCUAUCUAAUUGAUUGUUUAGUGUAUUCUGAAGGUGCGCGCGUGUGUCAUAAGAAGGACGAGUCACACGCUAAACUAAUUGACACAGGCAAUAUUGUGCGGCCAAAAGAAGCCAAUAUUCUGUCACAAGACGAAUUUAUAUGCGAGGAAGGCGAAAGAGUUGUAUGUGACUUCAACCGCUUCGUACCGUACGGUGAUGUACUGAAACAGAAGGAUCAAAUUAAAAUCGAUAGCAUCGUUCUAAAAACGGGAACAAUGCUGGUUAAUCUUGAAUAUAAUUGUAUUGAUAACUGGUGCGGUUUUAUUAGUACACCAACCCGAAGAAUGGACCACUACGAACCGCCUGGAGGUAAAGUGUAUCGUUGCUAUUACGCAAACAGACAACAAGUUUGCAAGGGACUUUAUAGCAAAAUGAGGCCAGUUUAUAACGAACGAGAUUGGUUGAGCUCUUAAGUACACAGUUAUAUUGGUCAAGUAUAUAUGACAUUUAUACUAAAGAUAUGAGUCGAAUUCUGUUAACAGCGGAUUUAAAUUAUUAUAUAAUCGUAGUAUCGUAAUAUAAUGCAGGUACCGUUUGUAUCGCCUAGACGUUGUUUUUUUAAUAAUUACAAUAAUAAAUAUCUUUAUAUAAUUCCCUACAAUACAACCACACCUUACAAUACUUAAUUAAGACCUGUCAGUCAAGAAGUUUUAAAUAGAAUCGAGGAAAUCUUAAACUAAUAUAAGGAAUCCGCCGAAUAUCUUUUCGGAAGCCGGUUUAGAACUAUUCAUCAAUACAUUAACAAAAUAUAUGUUGCUUUCAUUC